AUGAGCUCGUUUUUAUUGAGUCUAUUCUUUGUUUUCGGCGUUUUAGCAGAAGUUUCUCUUAAAAAAACGUGCCCUGAUGGCUGGAUGCAAACGAGAAAAGAUGUCUGUUGGAAGGUUCGACUGCUCUUGAUUUUAUGAUUGCGUUUCUUCCGCAGAUGCUGCGCUUGAAUUCAACUUCGGAGUAUCUGAGCGCUUGCGCCAAAUUUUCCGCCUUUCCUCCAAAAAUGGAAACGGCCGAAGACUUGGCCCUUGUCACUGGUCAGGGGUCUUUGAAGACAAUAAAUGACCUUCCUUUUUCAGAAUUGCAGAAGGAAAUGUGUGGUGGAAAGCGGUGUGGAGCGGUCUGUAUCGAUAAAAACGGAGGAUCUGACUUUUUCGAGGUUUUUUGGAGCUUUGACAAAGAAAAUAGAGAAAGCUUAAACAAUUGGGAUAAUAUCUAGAAGUAAUGUAGCACUAAAACAGCAGUUUCGGCCCAUUUUAUUGAGUAUUUCAUUUCAUUUCAAGUGUUUAUUCGCCAUUCCGCAAUCAGCACGACAAAUACAAAAAAAAUAAAACAUCAAGACAAUCAAAUAAAUCUAACAGCUGAUCUGUGGAAACGGCUGGAGGAAAAGAUUGUCUGAGUAGACGGUGCUAACCCCCAUUUGGUAUUUAAGUUUGUUCUUUGUUUUUUUAAUAAGUUAGAAUUUUUCUAGAUUUUAGUAGGAUCUAAUGAUUUUAAAAACGAUGUGUUUGAUUCGAACCAUGAGGUGAGCAUAAUCUGAAACUUGCCGAUUUCGUAUUCAAUGAUAAUUUCUCUCUCCAGUUGGUUCCAAAUGGGUAUGACUCUAUGAUUUAGGAAGCGUUGUUUGAUCAAUUCAUUCAUUGGUUGAACAAGUCUCAUUCCAUUUCCUCUGAGUUGAUUAUUUCUACUCGAAUUCAUCAUUAAUUUAACAGGCGACUCACUCCAAAAAAAUAUCCAUGAAUGUAUUUUUUUGAACGCAACAAACGUCUUUAAAAAAAGUCUUCUAGUCCAUAACGUCGAUAGUUUCAGUUUGGCUAAUCUACUGCGAUAAUCCAAUUUCGGAUAUAAUCUUUUGGUAAAUUUUUCUCUGGACUGAUUCUAGUUGAUUUAUAUCAUUCAAAUUUAGCGGGCACAUUAGUUCGGAUCCGUACUCAAUGAUAGGCAAGAUGAGAAUUCUUCCCUAACAACUUUUUUUUCUUGGCACCUUUUUGGUUUGAAACCACCAAAGUUCCGAGGCCGCGACUGACCUUGUGAUUCCCUAGUUAAUGUCGGAAUUUGUAACAACCGUUCGAAGCAAUUUAUAAAAAAACUGUAAAAAAAUUACAAAUACCAGAUCUGUUUGUUACCAAGUUUUGCUCAUAAGGAAUGAGUUCAGAAGACUCAGGCACAGUUUCUGAUUACCUCCUGAAAAAAAUUACUUUAAAGGCAUGGGGGCAGUAAAAACCGGGUAAGAGAUAGAUGUGCCCUUUCGUAAAACACUUCAUUGCCUUUUUAAUUGGAAACGUACAGUUUUCUUCGUUUUGGUUUUUUAUGAUUUCGUUUGGACAAAAUACUGCAUCACAAAAAGUGAAAAGUGGUAGACAUAUAGAUAGCGACCGCAGACGAAUUUUCAAAAAAUUUUUUUCAGCAUCGAGCUUUGUAUGGUUUGAUAGCUGUUUCGAUUCAAAACUCAGAACCGUUUAGUUUUUCGAAAAAAAGAUUGAGGAUGAAAAAAAGUUAUGACGAAAAAUGUGGCGCGCCGCGCACCAUUUUUAGUACUGAAAUUUUAGUAUUAUUCAUUUUUUUGACAUUUUUUUCUCGAUUUUUUUCUUCUAGAAAAAAAGUUUUGAUACUGGUCUAUUAUGAUGUAACAAAUCAUAAUAGAGUGCUAAAAUGAUGCUAAUCAGCUAUUUUGCCGAAAAAAGUCGGUAUUUUUCCAGAAAAACAAAAAAACUGAUGCUUGCGGGUAUCGAACUCGCGACCUAAAAAUGAAAAAAAUCGCAGCGCACGCACUGCGCCAAGCUGUCAGGUCUAGCGCGGGGAGCUUCCAUCCGCCUUACCCUUGAGCCGUUUAAAUAGCACAGAUUGUCUAUUUCAAAAAAAGAAAAAAACUUGAAGUAAUUUAGCUAUUUUUUUAUCAGAAUAUGUUCGCAAAUCUUUACUCAAACGUUUCGUGGAAAUUCACUUCGAAAAAAACUGUUUUUUUCAGUGCUUUUUGCCUCUUUUUAACGAUCGCUGCCUUAAAACGGCCCCGUAAAUUUUUUUGGCAAAGACGAAUUUUUUUAUUUUAUUCUUUUAAUUGAAAGAUUUUUUUACUAAUAAAUGUAUAUAAUCGUUUGAAAAAAACCUGCGUUCGACCGCUUUCGGUGUGAUAAACGCCGCUAAUUUUAUUCUCUAGUUUCAAGAGCAUUUUUUUGCGUAUCACAAAAACUUUUUUUCAAGUACAUAUGCUGUGGAGAAAAAAAUUUAAGUAAGCCCAUGGUCUAAAUUUUGAAAAAAACAAAAAAACUCGAUUAUAUUCGCUUGUUAACGAUAUUUUUGAAUUAUGACUUUCGGCACUCCCUAAAAAUUUUUUUGGCAAAGACGAAUUUUUUAUUUUAUUGUUUCAAAAUUACCGUUACUUGAAUCAAAAUCAUUAUAUAAAAAAAGAAAGAGUGCGUUCGACCUGAAAACACAUGAAAAAGCAAAAAAUUACAAAAUUUUUUAGUUCCAUUCACGUUUUUGUACGACAUUCCGCGAGAACGCAUCAAGAAAGCGUGAAAUAUUUUUUAAACGAAAGAGGAAGCUUUUCUGUACAUGUGUGUCAAAUUUUAUUCGCCAGUUCCACAUAUUUUACAACUACAACAAAAUGAAAGUUGAAAACCAAAAAAAAGCCACUUUUUCUAUCGCGAAAAGGGGCGUGGCUUUGCGGUCCCUACAUAUAGAGUAAAGCUUCCUCUCAGCUAAUAUACUUUUUACUCAGGUCAUAUUUGUUUUUUUUCGAAAAUAAUUCACAGGGUUUCAAAACGGGCGAGCGCAGGCGAAAACAAUGGUCGUCUCAAUUGGGCGAAAACGCGAGUUCCUUCUAACGCAACGCGGUGCGGCGCGUGUCAACCUCUCAUAAUUUCAUUCAAUUUAAAUAUAGUUUUUUCUCUUUUUCUCGCGUAUUUUUUUAGAUUUUUGAAUCGUUUUACUUUCUGUUGUGUAAUAUAACUGUGUUGGAUGCGUUUGAGAGGUACUUGAGUUAAUUUUUUUGAUCGAGAUGGUCCCGAAAUUUCGGCAAAAAAAUGACAUUUUGAUGAGUAACAUUUUUUUGCAGAAGCUACUUGGUUCAUUUUUUUGUUUUAAAAUGCUCAGAAUGAGUUUCUCAAGAUAAACGCCCACAGCUUUUUUUUUUUAAAUUUUUUUUUCGACGUUUUACAAAACAUAUGUUGUCUAAAAUGACUUUUUGAGUUAUACAUUUUUGUGCCGAAGCCAAUUGAUUCUUUUUUAUGUUUCAGAAUAUUCAGAAUGCGUUUUUUGAGGGAACCGUCAUGGGUUUUUUCUUUCAAAAAAUAUUUUAGGACUUCACGCGACGAAUUUUCCUGAAAAAAGGCAUUUCGUGUGAUAAAUCUUUUGGCAAAAGCGAUUCCGUUCAUAUUCCAUUUUCAAUAGGUUUAUUGUGCGUUGGACUAUAUUAAAACUAUUAUAAAAGUUCAAGGAGGCCUUGAAAAACGCUAUUCAACGUUAUUUUUUCAUCCAGUAAAUGCACAAAAAUCGGCUCUCAAUGUCGCGCCACUAUUGCAAUAAGCCGCGCCCCCAUUGCAUACAGCCACGCCCAAUGACCACAUCUGCCGCCUGUUUGGGAACACUGUGAAUUCUCGAUUCGAAAAUAUUUCGAAGUAGUUGAAAUCUGUUGAUAAACUUUUUGGAGGCCGUGUUCUCAUGUACAGUAGCGAGAAUGGGCGAGGCAACAAACGGGUUUUUAACGAUAACUCCGCUGAAAUUGAUUGGUUUGAGCUGAAAUUUUGCAGGAAUGUAUUAAUCAGAGUGACCAAAAAUAUUGCGAAAAAUAAUCAUCUUACUCGGAGUCAAGGCUGAGAAUAACUCUUUUCAGAAAAAUUCAUGAAAUACGAAAAACUGCUGUACAACAAUAAACACGCGAAGAAAAAAAUAUAUGAUGAGUAAAAUACAUUUUUAUUAAAAAAUCUGAGAAAUAGAGUUAAUAUUUUGUUGCAUGACCAUUUGUAUCAAGAACCGCCUGACAUCGACGUGGCAUGGACUCGAUGAGUUCGUCAAGGACGUUUCGUGGGAUUGCCUUCCAUACUUCCUCAAUUUGCUCGAACUUCUCUUGACCAUCUCUUACUCGCUUGCUCUUCAAUUGACGCUCACAGUGUUCCCAAAGAAGUUCAAUGAGAUUAAAGUCGGUAAUUCGACUUGGCCAGUCCAUCAGAGGCGCUCUCUUUCGAUUGAACCAGUUUCGGACGACAUGACUGGAGUUCUUCGGAUCAUUAUCCUGCUGGAACAGGAAGCAACAAUCAAGUUUGGCUCUGGCAUAUGGAAUCAUGAUGUCUUCAAGAAUCUUUAGGUGCAUGUUUUUUUCCAUGAUACCUUCGGUCCUGUGAAUGGGGCCGACUCCUUUGCCAGAGAAGGCGCCCCACAGAAUGGAUCAGUGGAGGACAGUGAUCUGGAGUGAUGAAAGCAAGUUUAUGCUGUUCGGAAGUGAUGAAAUAAAGUAUGUGAGAGGCCCUGUAGGUACUCGUUUCAAUUUCAAGUAACAGCUGCCAACAAUGAAGCACGGCGGAGGAUAGGUGAUGGUAAUAUUGUUGGUCACUCUGAUUAAUACAUUCCUGCAAAACUUCAACUCAAAUCAAUCAAUUUCAGCGGAGUUAUCGUUAAAAAACCGUUCGUUGCCUCAUCCAUUCUCGCUACUGUAAACCAAUCAAACGCGCAAAAAUUUUUAUUUUUUUUGAUUUUUAAACCAAAUUGAAUAUUCAUCAAUCUUUCGUAAAAAGAAAUAAAAAAAUUUAGUUUGCCGAUCUUCAUGUUAAGAAAAAGCUGAUUCAAAUCGUGCAUUUCAUUAUUAGGUAGCACUGCGGGCCACAAUUUAAUCCACAAGUUAAAAUGAAAAUGUUUUACUUACACGCUCUCGAAACCGAGUACAAAAUUUUCAACUUUCCGCGGCCUCACGAAGAUUAGGCAUCGUGGAAGUUUUAAUUUUUUGUCUUAAAAGAUUUGUUUUUCACUUAAAAACCAAGUUCGGGGGCAUAUUACAGUAUAGCCCCCCGCAUAUGUUGGAUAUCACCCCCCCGCGACACGUUCGAACAAGCCCCCACACUUAUCCAAUAUAGCCCCCCCGGAACUAUCCAGUAUAACCCCCCCACACCGAAAAAAAGGUCACGCAACGAUCACGCAGGACACGUGUCAGAGCUUCCAUUUUUUAAUUUAUUUUCUAAUUUUUUCGUAUCAUUCGUCGUUCUUGGUUGUUUCAAAUGGUUUUUUUUUUGUAUUUUCGCAUGUAAAUUCGUGUUCUUUUUGUGAAUUUAAUAAUUUUUGUGAUUUGUUUUUUAGACCAUGGAAGAAAUUAGGUCGCUGACCGAGUUUCAUGAGAAGUUCAAGUCAGACAAAGACGUUUACGGGUACGUCUCGCCGAGAUACGUACGAAUAUCAUAAAAUUAUGGGGCGCUGACCACUUAGAAAAAUUUAAGAUGAACUUUAUUAGUUUUCGAUAAAGUAAUUGUUCUGAGGAAUAUAAUUUUUUUGCUUUUUUUCUUUUCAUGCACAUUAAUUAAUAAAUUACUUAGGAAAAAUAGGCUUAGUUUUAAGGCUUCACACGGAGGCGGAGCGCGCAUAGCGCAAAGCCGACUGUGGCUCGCUUCGAAAAAACUGAGCCACAGUGAACAAUUCGUCAAAUAAAUGAAAUACUUGACAUAGAGGGGGGUAAUUCUGAAAUGGAGGGGAGCAUUCUGAAAUGAGAGGGGGUCAUUCUGAAAUGGGAGGGGGGCUUGUUCGAAUGAGCUCUGGGGGGACUAUUUCAAAGCCGUGCGGGGGCAAAUAUGAAAGAUUGCCUAGGCAUUUCAGAAUCGCCCCCCGUUUUUGUACUGUGGGGGUCAUUCUAGAAUACAUAUUCACCCCCCGCGUUCGAUUCUUCCCCCACAUGAAGUCCUCUUAUUUUACCCCCGCAGAUCGGAACUUGGCUUGGUGGGGGGGCUUGUUGGAACGCGGGGGGCAAAAAAACAGUGUGGGGGGCGAUUCUGGGCCUCACGAAGAUUAGGCAUCGUGGAAGUUUUAAUUUUUUGUCUUAAAAGAUUUGUUUUUCACUUAAAAAUCAAAUUCGAAAAUAAAAAAAGGCGCCAACGACAUGAAACUAGGUUAAAAACCCGAAGAAAAAAAAAGUAGUUUUGGUUUUUUGUACGACACUCCGCUAAAGCGUUUCGAAAAUUGGGUGAAAAGUAUAUCAGAUUGAAGAGGAAGAUUUCCUCUAUGUUACUCCCAAAUUUCUCGGUUUUCGGUUCAGUAUUGCGUUUGUACGAAAACAACGAACACAAAGUCUAAAAAACCAGUGCAUUUCACCAUCGCAAAAAGGGGCGUGGCUCUGCGGUCUCUACACUGCGGCGCCUGACAGCCAAAUAUGGCCCGUUCAGAUUUUGCAUGUCAAUUAGAAUGACGUCAUUCGAAAACACUCUGUGGAUGGCUCGCUCUCUGAUUGGUUUAUCGCGCCAUUAGGAGGCGGAGCUUGAGCGAGUACUUGAUAUUUGAAAUCUGAACACAUAUAUUUUUAGAAGUGAAAAAAUAUAUUCCUUUAAGAGAUGUUAGUAGCCGUGCGGCAUUUGCCGAAAAGACGAGAGCAAUCUGUCUGACUUUGCGGAAAAUCAAAAUUUCAGUGCACUCGCAUGCUGGUGAGUAGCACCCGCGGGUGCUACCACCUGUUUAACCACAGCCGAACACUUGAAACGCAAUUUUCAGCCGGGUGCUACUCACUCGCAUGCUGCCGUGCUAACAAGGGGUCUCCGCGGGUCCUCCCGUAUUAAACCCGCAUAGGUAGGGACCGCAGACGAAUUUUCAAAAAAUUUUUUUCAGCGUUGAGCUUUGUAUGGUUUGAUAGCUGUUUCGAUUCAAAACUCAGAACCGUUUAGUUUUUCGAAAAAGAUUGAGGAUGAAAAAAGUUAUGACGAAAAAUGUGGCGCGCCGCGCACCAUUUUUUUAGUACUGAAAUUUUGGUAUUAUCCAUUUUUUUGACAUUUUUUUCUCGAUUUUUUUCUUCUAGAAAAAAAGUUUUUGAUACUGGUCUAUUAUGAUGUAACAAAUCAUAAUAGAGUGCUAAAAUGAUGCUAAUCAACUAGUUUGCCGAAAAAGUCGGUAUUUUCCAGAAAACAAAAAACUGACGCUUGUGGGCAUCGAACUCGCGACCUCAAAAUGAAAAAUCGCAGCGCACGCGCUGCGCCAAGCUGUUAGUUCUAGCGAGGGGAGCUUCCAUCCUCCAUACCCUUAAGCCGUUUGAAUAGCACAGAUUGCCUAUUUCAAAAAUAAAAAUUUGAAGUAGUUUAGCUAUUUCUAUCAGAAUAUGUUCGCAAAUCUUUACUCAAACUUUCCGUGGAAAUUCACUUCAAAAAAACUGUUUUUUUCAGUGCUUUUUGCCUAGUUAAACGAUCGCUGCAUUAAAAAGGCCUCAUAAAUUUUUGGCAAAGACGAAUUUUUUAUUUUAUUCUUUUAAUUGGAAGAUUUUUCACUAAUAAAUGCAUAUAAUCGUUUGAAAAACCUGCGUUCGACCGCUUUCUGUGUGAUAAACGCCGUUAAUUUUAUUAUCUAUUUUCAAGAGCAUUUUUGCGUACUAAAAAACUUUUUCAAGCACAUAUGCUGUAGAGAAAUAUUUAAGUAAGCCCAUGGUCUAAAUUUUGAAAAAACAAAAACUCGAUUAUAUUCGCUUAUUAACGAUAUUUUGAAUUAUGACUUUCGGCCCUCCCUAAAAUUUUUGGCAAAGACGAAUUUUUUAUUUUAUUGUUUUAAAAUUACCUUUACUUGAAUCAAAAUCAUUAUUUAGAAAAAGAAAGAGUGCGUUCGACCUGAAAACACAUGAAAAAGCAAAAAAUGACAAAAUUUUUUAGUUCCAUUCACGUUUUUGUACGACAUUCCGCGAGAACGCAUCAAAAAAGCGUGAAAUAUUUUUUAAACGAAAGAGGAAGCUUUUUCGUGCAUGUGUGUCAAAUUUUAUUAGUCAGUUCCACAUAUUUUGCAACUACAACAAAAUGAAAGUUGAAAACCAAAAAAAAGCCACUUUUUUAUCGCGAAAAGGGGCGUGGCUUUGCGGUCCCUGCGCAUAGGCACAGUUGGUAGAACUUUUCGCAAUCAUGCCUUUAAAAUAGAGCUUCAUCUAAAAAACUUUUUCUAAUAUUAAACAUUUUCCAGCGAAAACAAGCUUCAGUUUUCCAUGCGAAUGAGGCCACGUUCAGUAAUGAAUCAACGGAAUUUGUUACUCUUUUCAAGGAACCUCCUAUUGCUGAAGACAACAUCUACAUAAAAUUUUCCAUGAGGGACAGUGAUUUGUAAGUUUUUUUGAAUGACGUUUUUUAUGAAAAAUUAACUAACUCGAAUGCUGAGCAGGGUAACCCAGCCGUCCAAUACGUAGAAACGAUCAGAUAUCCCACCCAGUGACCUUCGAAAGAUACAGCUUAGAAGGUUCACUUGAUCCCGCCCAGACAUUGAGGCUUCAGAAAUAGGUCAGCUCGAGCGAUCCUCGGCCAUACAUCGGCUUGGAGCAGGCAUUAAAUUGCCAUUGAAAUCGUUCAAAAAGGGUUCAAAGAGUUGAACGCCAGAAACAGAGGCUCAAGGCUCAAGGAAAAGGGAUACAGUACCGGUCACACCACGAGAGAAAAAGUGGGCAGGCGCACUUUCAAAAAAUCUCAUAACUGAGAAAAAUUUGAAAACAUCUCCUUGCGCUAGACAGGCAAACCACAAUAAACCACAAAUAUCAAGGUGACGGGAACCCGUUCAUUAAGUAUCUCUGGUAAAGAGUACGCGUAAUGAACGAAGAGCUUUGAACAGCUGGAAAUGAGUCUCACUACGCAGAGCUCGUGAGAUCGGCUCACGCGAUCUGAUAGAUCACGUAUACGCAGAAUUUAAAGUUCAGACCAUAAGGGCAAACAGCCAUAAGCUAUGUGAUCGUUUCUACGUAUUAGGACAUAAUAAAUAUUUUACUUCAACAACUACGUUGUCUAGCAAAAUAUAACAAUAAUUUGUUUCUUUUUCUUUUCCUUUUUUAAACCAGGGAGAAAAAGAAAAACCUCAAGAUCUGAAAUUAAACGAUAUGUGUGUUGUUAGAUUUUUUUUUUUGCUUUGCAGUGCGAAUUUCACCUUUCUUACAAUUUCUGACUCCAACAUCAGCCACGCGACCACAGCCCUUCUUUUAAAAUUCCAAAGAUCGAUGUCGGAGAACGGAAAAUAUUCGACAGUGAGUUGAGCUGAUUAUAAUUCAUGCCUGUGAUAGACAUACCAUGUUGACUGCGGUAUUUGGGCAAGCAAACUUCUAAGAUGUACGUCCGAUCCCGGAAUGUUCAGCGAAUUCGAAAACCUGAUUACGCUUAAGUAAGACUUUCUAAUCUCUCUUCAAAUCGAUUGGAAGAAGUUCUAGGUUCCAAGAAUCAAGGAUAACACUUCUGAUCAAUUCCGAGUCGGCUUGUUCUUUUAUCCCGUUUUCUCCGCGCGAAUCGGAAAUCAACGGCUUCAAAUUUACAUCGAAAGGCGGUUUGGGAGCCGAAAUCCUAGAAGUUAUCGCGGGCAACAUGUAAACCAUUUUUAUAUUGAUGAUUGGAUAACGCUCCCUAAUCAGUAGAAGAAUUUAUUAUCUGUAAAAAUAAACAGAAAAAUCGGAACAUGACUCGUUAGGUUAUUUUGAUUUUUCUUCACGACCAAAAAAAGUUUGCUUACAUUUGAACUACUACAUUAUAAGCACUUAAAAUGAACAUCACUUGAAUAAACCAGCGAUUUAUAGUGAUGGACUUCAAAACUAACUUGAAAAAUCCUUCUUUUCAUUCAUUUUUUUUCAUUAUUGCGCUUUUCUCGAGUUCCGCGCCAAAAAGCCGCGUCGCAACGCUUCAUCCUUUCCAUUCUACCAGCUCGCCUUUUGAGUCGGGAAAACGCGGCUAUAACGUCAUAGAGGGAAAUGUCACUUCUGAUGAAAAUAAAAACAACUUUUCUUGCGAGAAGCUAAAGUUUUUCGCUUGGUUUCUCAUUCCGUCUUCAUUUCUCUCAUUUAUCUGUUCAGAGAUCUCCAGCCAACAUAUGUUUCGCCAUACUGUAACUGGGGGAUGGACGAAGUACAGUAAAUCUCCGACUACCGUAUCAUCCCUUUUUUUGCAGGAUUCUCUUUUUGUUCCUUACAUUGAUGGAUCAGUAAAAAGAGAACAGUUUAUUGUGUGUCAAAAAGGUGAAUUUUUAUUCCAUCAUCGUGUUACAAAAAUGUGUAUUUCCAAUAAAAAGUCAUAAUAUUUCGAUUUUACUAGCUUGAAAAAAAAACUUAACACUACCUUCUUCUUAAAAAACUUGCUUAUAGUCAGUCAAAUGUAAUGAUAAAUAUUCGCAGACAAAAUAGAAUCAAAAACGCCAGCAGGACUUUCCGCUUCUACUGAUCAAGCUGAGACACAAGCUGAGAUGGAAGAGCGUGAGAAGUUUCUCUUCGAUUCAAAACUCACCUUUACCUUUCUUCAGGUACCUACAAGUUGACGAUUCUUAUCGUUGGUAGCAUCACAAUCUUCGUAGCCGUUCUCGCCGCAGCUUUCGUCGUAAAAUGAGAUUACGCGCUUUUCAUUUCUCUAUGAAAUUUUCACUGUUGAGAAGAACAUAGGAUGACAGCUGUUGAUCAGUUUUCCAUUCAGAGCACUGUCCUUGUUUAUGUGUUCAAAAAGCGGGAACAGUCGAGGAAAACAUUUUGAUCAGUUAUUUUGUUAGUUCAUGCUACUUUUGUGGAAGCGAUCACAUAUAAAAAGUGGGCUCACGGUUGUAAACAAGUUUGAAAAGCUUUUAUAAAAGGCGCGGGUGGAUCUCUAGUGGCAAGUCGACCUCGACUAGCAUCAACUUUCCGUUUCAACGCAAAAUGCAGUUCACCACCGUCCUUCUGGCUGUUCUGGCUCUUCUGGCCGUCGGAUUCGCUCCAACGAACGCCGAGACUUGCCGCAGAACCAAGUGCCACACUCACAGUUCCCAGAACGAAUGCGAAGGUCCGAUUCCUCAAAUAUGAGAGUUGUAAUCAUUACUUGCAGGAGAUGAGCACGUCGGAAACUGGGGCUACUGCUGGGGCGUCGCUGGAAAAUGGGAGAGCUGCUGCAAAAACUGA